AUUCAUUCUGUUGGGGAAUAAAAAUGCUUUGUUAGCAUUGAGUCCUCAUAUUUUAAAAGUUUACAAGUUGACCCCAAAAGUUAGAUACUUCGUACACUCGAUAAGAGGGCUUCCAGUCAGUUCAAAAACGCAGUCGCCUUUUACCUUCGCGGCCACUCGUUCCACCUGAAGCCGCGGCGAGCCAAACCACCGUGCGGCGGCGAAAUUCCGGCGACGCACCGAGGUUUUUAUAACUAGAAUCAGUAUAGGAGAAAAUAGUCUAUUUGGUUAUGAGGUUUUUGCAUCGAUUCAUCGUCACAAAGGAAUCUCCAUUUCAUGGUGGUAUGUUCACUGCUUCAAUCCAAAUCCGCUUCAAGAAGCCAGCAGACACUGCCCAGACUCGCCUUGAGGGCCGCACUCGGGAUCCCAAGCUUGAUCUCAUUGCCUUCCAACACUGCCGGCUUGCACACAUUCUCAAUCUCUACAAAUUUAUAUCAUCAAAGAAACGGGGGCCAUACGUGUCGUUGCAGCUCCUUUCAAGAUGGGCCCAACAUGUUGGUCUUAAUACCCUCACUGGUGGUGAUCUUGUGAGAAAAUACCCGCAUAUAUUUGAGGUAUUCACUCAUCCCAUCAGAAGGAAUGUGUGCUGUAAAUUUAGGCCAAAAUUUGUGGAAUUGCUUGAUUUAGAAGAUGAAGUUGUGCAUAAUACAGAGGAAAGUAAUGUCAUCAAAAUCAGGAAAAUUUUAUCCAUGUCUGUGACUGGUAGGAUUCAUCUUCAUGCAAUUAGGCUGAUGAGAAGGGAAUUAGGGCUGCCUGAAAAUUUUAGGGACUCUAUUAUCCUAAAGUACAGUGAUAUAUUCCGAAUGAUUGAUUUAGAGAUCGUUGAGUUGGUUGAUUGGAAUGGAGAUAAAGGGCUUUCUUGUUUCUCACCAGAGAUUGAAAUAUGGAGGGAGAGACAGUACAGAGAGAAAUGGUUGAGUGAGUUUGAGACUAAGUAUGCAUUUCCGAUCAACUUCCCAACCGGCUUCAAGAAAGUCCCUGGUUUUAGGGACAGAUUGAAGAACUGGCAGAGGGUUUCAUAUGUCAAGCCGUAUGAGAAGAUGGAGAAGGUCCGUGUACGUUCAUGUGGAGGAAUUGAGAGAUAUGAGAAGAGAGCAGUGGGAAUUAUUCACGAGCUUCUUUGUUUGACUGUGGAGAAGAUGGUGGAAGUGGAGAGAUUGGCUCAUUUCAGAAAGGAUUUGGGGAUAGAGAUUAAUUUGCGGGAGGUUCUUUUGAAGCAUCCCGGGAUUUUCUAUGUAUCAACAAGAGGGAAUGUGCUGAUGGUUUUCUUGAGGGAAGCCUAUGUUAGAGGUUGUUUGAUUGGAGCUAAUGCUGUCUAUGACGUUCGGAGGAGAAUGUUGGAGCUUAUGUUGUUGGGUUGUCGGAACACUAGAGUUUUAAGAGAAAAUGAUCAAGGCGGAGAAGAAGAAGAAGAUGGAGAUGGAGUGGCUGGUAAAGAUGGCUAUUUUGUUAUCCCAAUUUUGAAGAGGCAUUCUUCGAAACCUAGAUAAUUGUGGACAAUCAAAUUCGAAGCUCUAUGGGCUCAAUGAUAAGGGCAGUCUAAUAUUGCAGAUUACACUCAUCCAUCAAGCAAGCUGCAGUGCCAAGGAGGGUGGAAACCCGGAAUCCAUUACGGCAUUUUAUCUCUCCCAAAGUGGUAAUUCAGCUCCGGCUAUCAUAUUCAAAGUGAUAAUUAAUGAGGUCAUGAAAUUCUAAGCACGAAGUCAGCAGCAUAGACAGACAGGCAGUAGGGGGGUGUUGGGGAGACUUUGUCAAAGUCAAUACCACGUCAGCCUUAGUAGGGCAAGUUCGGGGACUCCCACAUAUACAAGCAAUCUUGAAUGGGAGUCAACAUAUCACUGCAGCCGUCCGAUGAUCGGCUGGGAAGAUUGGACGGUGGAUAGCGCAAUUAAUGAUCCUACACGGGUUAGGCUUCUUCACCCUCAUUAAAUACAUCCCCGAAAUUACAUUUUCAUCCAUAACAUUUUUAUUUUUUUAAGUUACAAUUUAUUUAUAUUUUAUUUGAUUUUAUAAAUAAAUCAUUCUAGUGUGACGUUGAAAUAAAGAAUUGUGAAACAGCUAAUCAGGACAUUUUUUUUAAAAAAUAAAACCCAAUGAUUCGUUAUUUGAAGUGGACGUAGACUCGAGUCAAGUCUUCAAUUUCUUAUCUCUAUUUUCAAUUUGUUAUAAUUUCGUUCUAUGAAUUGUCUUCUUUAGUAUUAUUUAUGUUUGCUUAAAUUACGCCAGUUAUAUCAUAGA